AUGUCCCAGUAUCCACUUAACGAAUUAAAACGAAGGCUACACGAUGACGCCAUAUCAUUACCGAAACGCAUAAAACUAGCUAAGAAUGUUGUCCAGUCUCAUCAUUUCCCUACUGCACCAAAAGAAAGAGUUAUUGGAGAAUGGCUUGAUGAAUUAGUCAAAGGAAAUAAACUUACGAGUAAAGAAUUAAAAGAUGUAAUUGGAUGGUUAAAUAAUGUGAAUGAUUUAACCAGUGAAUUAAAAUCUAAACUUAUAAGGAUAAUAUCACAAUAUCUUCACAAUAAUUCACUACAAAACGAUGAUACUUCAUACAUUAUAUCAUUUUUAGAAAAUGACAAAAUGUCAGUUCAACUCCAUCUUCAAAUCGAUGAAUAUUUGUUUAUUAUUACUACCUUACUACAAAAUUUGCACAGUGAAACUGGCAAUGACGAAAAAUGCCAAAUGAUAUUCAAAAACCUGACAAAAUUUUAUAAGGAAUCCAAGAAGAAACUGGAAUUUAUAGUAAAAUUCUUAGAUGGAGAAAAUUUAGAAACUAUAUUUAGCUAUCUUAACACAAAUUGCCAUAGCAUAGUUAUUAGUUUAUGUCAAAACAUUUUAUUUCCAAUGACUAAAAAGCAAUUUUACUCAAGUUUUCUAUUCAAUUUAAUUAGAAAAGACAAUAUUGAUGAAUUAAUAGCUGAGAGGGGGGAUAAUAUACAAUCAGUUUUAAAAAUUAUGAGUGCAUUUUUUACAUUUCCAAAGGGUCGAACAGGGAAGGAUCAGAAAUUUUUAUCAGACUUCAUUAGUAUAUUUGUGAAUUGCUAUAAAAGUGAGAGUCAAAUUUUAUUCGCAUUUUAUAUUAUGGUGACAAAUGCAUUAAAAAUGCAACAGAAUUAUAUGAUACCGAGUAUGAAAAUGCCACCCAUAAUUUUUGAAGAAAAUGACGAAAAGAUAAAACGUGGACUAUUUUUAGAUAUGCUCACAACAUUACUCUUAAAUGAAGUCGAUAUAAGUAUAAGAUUAACAGAUACGGUAGCUGAAAAGAUUUCAAACGUAGAAGUGAAGAAAACUUUUAUGAUAUUCUUACAAGUUGUAAUGAUGGGCAUAUUAAAAUUAGAAGGAAAGCUCGACAAAACAACACUAUUAAUUGUUAAAACAGCUAUAACUCUUGAUCCAAGUUUGAUUGAACCAAAAAUGAAUAAAAUUUUACCGUAUAUUAUGACUGCAAAAAAGAAUAAUGCAGAUAUACUCCAAAUAUAUAUUGAAACUAUGAAUUCUUUAAUUAACACCUUAUUCAAAUUGAGUCGAGGAAUAAAUUUCAUUAAUCAAUUAGUACCAGAUUUAAAAUUGAACUUAGAAGCUUCUAAUGUAGAGCAGUUUGAAUUGAAACAGAAAUUCAUUGAUGGGUUGAAAAAUAAUGAAAACUGUGAAAAAUUGAAGGUAAAAAUUUUGACUGGUAAUGAUAUAUUUCCCUAUGAAUGUGCAAAAAUGUAUGGUAAAUUGACAUCAGAAUUAAUGUUUAGGCAAAAUAAAGAGCUUUUGUUGGUGUUACAAAAAGAUUUUGAAGCUAACUGCCUAAUGAUGCUUGAAGAAGGAUUUGUUAGUCCUUCAAUUAUAACACUAGCGGAAAUGCUAUCGGCCAUUUUGUCAAGUUUCCUUCAACACAACAAAAUGGCAGACCACACAGUGCCAUUACCAAUUGCAGAAGAUUUUUGGUCAGCAUUUCAAGAUUUUGAAGACCAAUGCCUGAACAAAUUUGGAGAUUGUAUUUUGAAAUUAAAUUAUAAUCCAUCUCUUGUCGAAGCAUUCUUAAAACUUUGUCUAAGUGUGGCACAUUUAAAACUUUUAAAUAUAAAAUAUAGCAACACCAAGAUGAAUGUGAAGGGAAAUGACUUGCUGCCGUUUUUGAGCAAAAGUGAAUGGAUCGAACUUAUUUCUAAUUUUGAUGAUGAGGCAAACUUGAUUUGGGACCAACUUAUGCUUACAAAAUUAAUGGCUGCCGAAUUAUUACAGACAGAAAGUAACUCAGAAAUAAAAACGAAUUUACUCAAACAAAUAUCGAACUACCCACAAAUAUUGUUGAAAAAUACUUACUAUACUAAAAAUCUUUUUGUCAAUUUAGACAAAACCCAGUUGAAAUUACUUUCAAAGACACUUGUAAAGUCUUACCAAAAUGAUUCAAACAUCGAGAUAUUUCAAAACGAAGCUAUUAUUAAUAAUAAAGAAUUAUUACAAUCUCUAACUUUGAAAAUUGCAAAAAAUAUAAGUGAAUGUAUGGAAAAUACAACGACUCUUACAAAAGCAUUGAAUAAAAAUAAUUUUGAAAUAUGUUCUUUUAUCAAAGAGAUUGAUUUAAAAGAUUUUUUCAACUCGAUACAAUUACAAAAUCAAGAUGAAGCUAUAAAUAACGUGGAAAUAUUAAAACAUUUACAAAUUUACUAUCUAGAUGAAAAUUCUCAAUUGACAGCUAUUUUCGUAUUAUUGAUUUUGAAAAAGUGUUGCCAGUCGAAAAAACUUCGUAAAAACAUCGAUUAUGUAUUACAAAGCAUUUAUGAAUUAAGUCCAAAAUAUCCGGAUUUGUACAAAAUGUUUCCAGUCAGUUAUAUAUUUGAUUUUAAAAAUAAGAUAAUGCUUGAAUUACUGACAUUAAGCAACAAAACUUCGAACAACAUGUUAAUAAUUAAAAAUAUUUUGGAAUCUGGUGUGAAAAAAGUGAAAACAGAUGCAGAAAUCGUUAAACAUAUUGUUGAUAUUCUGUUAAAAAAUCAUAAGAAAAAAGGUGAAAUAUCGAGUAUAGAUUAUUUCGCUGAUAGCGUGUUUCGAAUAAGUUGUAUAAUUUUGCCAAUUAUUGCUAAAGAAAAGAAAGCAAUUACGACAAGUGCAUAUCGAUCAAUUUUAGCUAAUUUACAAGAAAAAUUAAAUAAUACAAUGUUAGAUUCCUUUAAAAAUAUUGAUUUUAGUAAUAAUAGUAAUUUAUGUAUGGAAUCUGGCAACACUGACGAUAGUGUAGUUUCUGAGAAUACACUAGCAACAUUGACUGCAAUGGGAGCAUAUUCGUUAACAUUAUUGAAAUGCUGUGAAACAACAGAUGCAGAGGAAAUAAAAAAUUUAGAUUGCCUAUGGUCUGGCUUGGAGUUUUUUGUUAACACUGCUAUCCAGUCAAUCCAAAAUCCGUCGUCUAAAUACCAACAUAUUGAUUCAUCAAUUCAACUCCUCAAUGUAGUUUUGCGUUAUAUCAAAAAACUUGAAUCGCACAAUAUAUUCCAAGACAAAGACAAACUAUUCACUCAAAUAUGGAACAGCAUAAAAUCUAGAUUGUUUAUGGUGUUUGGUGGAAAGAGAAAAUAUAAUAACCAUUUAGAAGAGAUAGCGGUCACACUGAAGUUUAUAGCUGAAUUGUCGUCUGUUGAGUGCUUCAGCAACAAUUUUGUUGGGGAUCUGGCGAACUUGGCUCUUUUGAAGAAACCCUCAAUAAUUCUAAAGAACAUAGAAAUAACAAAUUCCCAACUAACGUCAAAGAAAGUAUCCAAAUACUUGUGGCAACACUGUCUUAAAGCUAACAUUAUUGGACCAAAAUGUAUUGCCAUGACAAAAUUAAUGUUCAGAGCCACAAAAAAUAUUAGAUUUUGGAUACAGCAACACUACGACUUAAUACAAGAAAGUGCUAAACAAAAUAGUGACCAAGUUGGCGAUGAGGAAGUGAAUGUUAAAAUAUUAAAUGUUAUUCGAGUUGAAGAUUGUAUUUGCAAGUUAUUGAAAAAUGAUGUGGAUAUAUUGUCUGAAGUUAUUUUGGCUGCUAAGAAGAUAUCCCUCGACUACAAAUUCCUAGACGCAGUAUUCGAACUCCAACAUCUACUGCACUACAUUCUAGGUUUUGAGACAAUUGAGACUAAAUGUGUUAUCUCAUGGCAAAGCUUUGUAAACAUAUAUGAAGGCUGUAUCACCAUUUUGAACAAUCUAUUGCUUUCAAGAGAGGAAUUGUUAGAAGAUAGGUGGCCAUGUUAUAUGCAGUGUUAUAAAGCAUUAUUAUUGUGUUUGUGUGAGAGAGCAACUUCAGAAGAUAUUACAGACAGAUCUGUAGAACAUAAAUUCGCUGAAAUGGCACAUUCUAUUGAAAAAUUAACCCAAUCAAUAUGCAAACGUAAAGCGCAUGUAUCUAGAAUAUCUGCAUAUGCAGUAGCAGAUAUGUGUAUUUGGCUGGAAAAGAGUCCUCCACCGAAGAUGGUCCGGCAACAUCUAGAAAAUUCCAUAUCCCUACUCAUACAAGUUUCUGAUUCUACCUACUCUAUGGCUUUCCUGAGGAGAGCUCUAGCUGGCUCUAUUGGUCAGAUGACACUCACUAACAUGUAUACAAUGUACAAAAGAUAUCAUAAAUAUGUCGGCAAUGCU